ACUCAUCUGUUCAUUUUUGUAUGCAAUUUCGUUUGCAACACAAUGGCAACUAUGCGAGCCAAUUCUAAAUGGCAUCCAUGGCAAUUUGUGGCAUAUCAAUAUCAGCUGAUCAUUAAAACAGUUCAAACAAAGUUCUUAUAAAAUGGAAGAAAAAAAACGUUCGCGGAUAAAUGGAACUUUUCGUUGGACAGAACGACAAACUAAAGAUUUACUCAACAUUAUCGUGGAAAAUGUAAAAGCUAAUCAGGAACAGUUCGAGAAACCAACUGCUCAAAAAUUCUAUGAGCAUAUUAUGCGAACAAAACUGAGGCACCUAAAAACAAGUUUUUCGUCCGCACUGAAAUGGAAGGGUCAAACAUGUGCAAGAUUGCUAGAAAAUGGAGAUGUAAAAAGCGUUGAAGAUUACAUUAAAAAAAUGUGUCCAUUCUAUGAUGACUUGUACGCAAUAUUUGGUCAUCGUGUAAAUGUGCAGCCGCCAGCUAUCUAUGAAUCAACCAUGCCAGUGUCAUUGUUGGAUACUUUUGAAGUAGAUGCGUUGAUGGAAAAUGAUGGCGAAACAUUUUCAACAAGUUUACCUGAAAGGGGCCAUCCAUAAAUUACGUCACACGAAUUUAAGGGCUUUUUAACCCCUCCCCCCGUCCUUGUCACAAGUUGUCACAUUUUGAACUAGUCCCCCCCUUUCGUGACGUCACACAUUUUUCAAUUUUAUGGAUUUAUCAAAAAAUAAAAAAAUAAACCAGGUUAUUCUAUUUAUUCUUAUAUUUAUUGAAUAAUCUUUAAUAAAAUCAACAUUUAGUUAAAUAUUAAAGUACAGACACAACGAAUGACUAGUCAAAAAAUAACAGGUAUUUACUUAAUUAUGCUAAUUAAAAAUACAAAACUUAA